AUGCUUGCAGAUGAGUUUGGAACUGCAUCCAACAUCAAAAGUAGAGUGAAUCGUCAAUCUGUAUUGGGCGCCAUCACAUCUGCUCGACAAAGACUUAAACUCUAUAACAAGGUUCCACCAAACGGGCUCGUGCUUUACACAGGAACAAUCAUGACUCAAGACGGGAAAGAAAAGAAGAACCCCUUGACCAAUGUGAAAUUUAUGCACGAGAUCGAUAUAAUUGUCAAGUAUUUUGAGGAGAUUAGUCAGGACACUGGGAAGUAUGUCGUUGGGGUUGAUGAUACAAUGCAAGUUCUAGACACGGGCGCUAUUGAAACCAUUAUUGUGUGGGAAAAUCUCGACGUUACUAGGUAUGUUUUGAAAAAUAGCAGUACUGGAGAAACAAUAAUCAAACACUUGAAUAAGGAGCAAGAUGCAGACGAGAGUAACUUUCGCGAACCUACUACAAAUGGGGAGUUAGAGAUUAUGGAUAAAAUGCCUUUACUUGAGUGGUUAGCUAAUGAGUACAGGAAAUUUGGUUGUAGUUUGGAAUUUGUUACAAAUAAAUCACAAGAAGGAUCUCAGUUCUGUCGUGGUUUUGGUGGCAUUGGCGCUAUUCUUCGUUACAAGCUUGAUGUUCGAGCUUUUGAUGAUGUUUCUGACGACGGUGAAGUUUAUGAAGAAGUUUAUGUUAAUUCUGAAUAG